UUUAGAGUUGAAGUCUGUGCUGUCACCAUCUCCAUUCGCUAUGCCACCACCUGAUCCUCUUCACCCCUCUACUGUCAUACCACGAACUCUGAAAGAGGGCAUCAUUGAAAAGAAAGGACACAGUGCAGCAUUCCUCAUGUGGCCAGAGCGUUAUUUGAAAGUCUGUGAAGGGGAACUACUUUAUUACAAGGCAGAGGAAAGAGAGCAAGCACUAAACAUCAUUCCUCUGAAAGCUAAUAUUACAAGAGUAGAGAAAACUGGAACAAGAGGAUUUGUUGUCUCUCUUGUCCACAGUAAAAAGUCGUUCAGUUUUCGCACCCGUAUGAGUGAUUCUGGUAAGAGUGAAGAGGUUGAGAGAGAUGAAUGGUGUAAGGCAAUUCUUGGUGGCUGUCGUUCAAGACGAAAAUCAGAUGCACGCUUACGCCGUGGUACUGUUACUGCAAAGCAGUAUAUGGAAGAAGUAAAGAUAGAGAAAAAGUUAAAAAAGCAAACCGAAAAUUUACAUGCAGCAGACAAAGAAGAAUACCCUUCUGAAGGUGGUCAUUAUUAUUCCACUGACGAAAUGUCAAUUAUUCAGCCUACAAAGGAUAUGCUCAGAAGACGUAGCCAGACACUAACGAGUGCAAAUGAACCUCUGGGGUCGACAAAAAGUGUUCGAAGGGGCAAGUCUGUAACUCACGAUACAAUGAAGCGUGGCUCCACUUUUUAUACUACCUCAAUGGAUGUUACAACUCCAUUUGUCGUUCCUGUGAUGGAAAUGGACCCACUUGUUGUUACUGAUCGUUCACCAUCACAACUUCUUCAUUCAAUUACAAAGGAGUUGGAAUCACUGGCCGAGGUUGUUUUACCUACAACUACUGGAAAAUCACGUGUGGAUAUGAUUAUUACAAGAAUGGGCAAUAUUGUAGCUGCAUUGAAACAAUGGGUUAGAAAUAAUGAAGAGUUAUGUGAGCAAGAAGGCGGUAGGGCCUCUGAUAGCAUCCAGGAGCCUCUAUCUCCAAGCAGUAUAGGUAGCCAUGAAAGUCUCCCGUCUGUAAGGGUGGUUGAUGGAAGCAGUGACAACUGCAGUAUUCACAGCAAUGAUAUUAACUCGGAUGAACAAGAGAGGAAGAAAGCCAUUUCCUCAGCUGCACCUAGGACACAUCUUCCUUUGUUUGGUGAAAAUAUCAUAUCUGUUCAGGAAGAAGACAAAGAUGGCAGGUUUUGUGACAAAGGAAUCACUACUAAUCCAAAAUCAAGUUUUGGUAAUGAAGAGACGGCGCCUUCUUCGCCUGUUUCGCAAACCGUGUUAGACUCACUUUCUCUGCCUUCAUCUAAAGCAGAGCAACCUAUUCUACCUCCCCAACCAUGUUGUAUACCCUCCACACCACUGUCUCCGGGAAUACCCCGACCUCCUGUACACUCUGAAAUACCCCAACCCCUACUUUCUCCUGGAGUAUCCCUACCUCCUGUACCACCUCCACCUCCUCUACCCUCACUCUCUGAAGUACCCCCACCCCCUCUUCCUCCUGGAGUCCCUCCCCCACCACCUGUCCCAGGAAUGAAUUUUCCAAUAUGGUCAGAACGCAGACCUACCAGAAAGAUGAAACGGUUUCACUGGAAUCUAAUUGCGCCAACUGCUGUUCAAUCGUCUGUGUGGAUGGAUGUGGCUACAAAAGAGGUUGCUGAAGACAUUGACUAUGCUGAACUAGAAAAGGUUUUCUCUGCUGAGACCCAGGAAAUUAAAAGGCCAAAUAUUGGUAAAAAAGAAGCUGUAAAAUCACUUCUUGAUAAUACACGGAGUAGAAACAUCGAGAUCUUCCUGCCCAGGUUUCCACUUGGGGUACAGACACUAACUAUGGAGUUGGAGGAGCAGCUAAAUAUUAUUAAUGGUGCAACCAAAUUGAAUCUUGAGCACAUAGUAGCACUGAAGAGGUUUCAACCAACUCAAGAGGAUAAAGAAAUGUACAAAAAAUAUACUGGGGAAAAGGCCGAACUUCCUCUUGCUGACACAUUUUUGCUCAAGCUGAUUGAAGUGCCUAUGUUAGCAAUGCGGCUGGAUCUUUUGUUUACUAUACGAGAGUUUCCAGUAAACAUGGAGGAAUUUAAACCGACAUUAGAUUUAGCUUGGAAAGCCUGUCAUGAGCUUGAUAGGUCGGAGGAGUUUUUAGAGGUACUAGGAUAUGUGCUGGCUGUUGGAAACUACCUCAAUGCAGGAACACCUAAAGGAAAUGCUUACGGAUUCCAACUGAAAUACCUUCCAAAAUUAAUAGACUUUCGUGGUCAGGAGAAAACAUCAUUACUGGAUUUUCUUGUGGUACAAAUUCAUAGAAGAAGGCCAGAUCUCCUACACAUGCCUUCAAGUUUGGAUUCGGUGGUCAAGGCUUCUGAAAUUUCUGUUACAAGUAUUCUGGCAGAGAUAGAAGUGAUGGGGAAUGAGUUGAAAAAAAUUGAGCACAAUGGAAGUCAAAUUACACAGCAUCCAAAGAUGUUGAAGGAAACUGGGCUGCGCUUGAAACAAGAAGUUGAGACCUUUCUUGGAGAGUAUUGUGCAAGACUAAAUGUACUGGACUCCAGAGCACAGGAAAUGAGUAACACUUAUUCAAAAUUGCUGACAAAAUUUGGUGAAAAGGUUGGAACAGACUCUGAAGAUUUUUUUGCCACCAUAUCACAAUUUCUGAUCCAGUUUAAUAAAGUGGUUCAGGAGAAAUUAUCUUCAGUUUCUAGACCAAGUUAUUACAGUUGUUGCUAAAUCUGCUACUGCACUCGAGAGGGUGCGAAGGUGAGAAUAUCCCUGCUACAGGUGUGAAUAGAAUAUCCACAGUAAAGGUGACAAUAUUCGCUGAGGUUAGCGAAGAUAACAGGAAUUGAGCACUAGAUAUCUCGUUUUCUUUGGCUCAAAAUCGUAUCUAGAGCAGGGCAAAAAGAAGUAGUCUUUAGCUGUAGCGUGAGCCACUUCAGUCUUUCUGAGUGACACUUAGUCCUACUGCGACUGUCCGGCGAUGCCUCACAUGGUAGGCCUCCAUAACUGCUUCCUUUCUGCCCUUUUGCUGCUCAUAAGUCUAGCCAGCGGGUCUCUUACAACACGCUAUGGGCCCAGUAAACUAGGAAAGAGACUGAACGGUAUCAACAUCACUGGAAGUUAAUGAAGUAGCACAAAUAUUUUUUUUAAAAUAGAAAGAUUGAUGAGAAAGAAGGAUGUCUACAAGAACAUUGCAAAAGAGAUGGAGGAAGCAGCAUACCGCAGUGACUAAAUGAAGAAUCUCCAAAUGGAGUACAGGGCAGCAAAAGAUAAUAAAGGAAAGACAGGUAGAGGACGAAAAAUAUUCAAUUUUUGGAUGAGGUGUUGGACCAUCAACCACCCUCCAGACCAGGCCACCAGUCCUCUUAGACACCUCUGCACCGCUGGACCUGAGUGAGGAGAGAGGGGAGGAAGAGAGAUAUAUACGAAGAAGGGAGCAGUGACCAUGAAGAUGGGAAAUGAAGCCAACCUCAGACGCCGGUGUCCAAACCGAUUCAAUUUUGUCUGUGUAAACUGAGCUAAGGAAAUGGUCUCGAAUGAUCUGGUGUAUAGAGUAAAGAUCCCGAUCUGUAUUUAUGCUAGGGCUGCGUUGAAGGAAAAUACAACAGACACCUUUCAAACCAGUGGGAGAGAUUCUCUCCAAGAGGAACCUGCAGUGUGUACACACAGUGAUGCAUGUGGACCAAUGCCCAGUGAGAGAACUGGAGGGAGGUAUACUUUAUUAUCUUUAUUGAUGACUACUCACAAUGUUGCAGUGUUUAUUUCAUGCAACACAUACCGGAAGUGCUAGACGUGUUUGAAGCAGCCACAACAAUAUUAUAGUGGUGUACAAUACGGUCUGAUAAUGACAGGGAAUAUUUUUCACAGAAGUUUGAAGCCAUCUCAAGACAAAGGGAAUACAACAGUUCCCUAUUCCCCUUUAACAAAAUUGAGUUGCUGAGGGAAUGAGUCACAGCCUGAAGGAGUCGGCCAAAUCAAUGCUCGCUUAUGCUGGUUAGUAAGCUGACGGAGAAAACCAGACAUCCACAACACCCUUUGAAGGUACUCCGGCCCUAUGAAUAGUGGUAUAGGGGAAAACAGGUUUGAGUGAUUUCAGAGUGCUUGGCUGCAUGGUGCAUUCCCACAGUCCUGACUUGAAGUGAAGAACGCUAGACAAGAUGGCUGAGAAGCUUCAAUCUGUUGGAUACAGCAUGAAGUCUAAAGGAUAUGGUGAAACAACUUCUGAAGUAUUCAUACGAUCAAAAAUCACAUUCAAUGAAACAGAUUUUUGUCACCAAGCAGUCAACGUGGAGCAACAAAAUUCUAUGGAAGAGAGUAUUGACUCAGAAAGUGAAGUCGAAUCAGAGAAUUCCAAAAGGCAAAAAGGAAGAUGAGCGUCUUUACCCUUAGCUGGUGUGUGGCAGUCAGAUACAAAAUCGAUUGGUGUACAAGGGUUGUAAGAACGUCAAAUCAACAAGAAAAUGAGCAAGAAUGAAAAAGAACUAAAGUGCAAACCCUCGGCGAACUGCGCACACGCAGUACCACUAAUUGAUGGGCUGGGCUGGGGUGGUCUCCACGCUAGUAUAGCUCGCGGAGAGUCCGACACGGACUAGCUACAGUAGUAGAUAGCAUGCGGGAGUCGAUACAUGCCCUUCGUUGUGACUUCUUGUGCCUUCAAGAUACACAGAGCACGGUCGAGGUAAGCCUGUGCUAAUUUGCAUAUUUGCUGUUCACUUGCUUUUCACGCCAUAACUUUUGAACGCAGUAGUUAUACGAAAAUCACCUUUUUUUAAAAUGAAGCCAGUGUAGUGAUGAACCUGUUGGUAUCGCUGUUUGUUGUCUCAUUGCGCGUAGUUGUAGAAAACGUGGUAACAAACAGCAGACGGACGGACGG